GCGGCCAGAACGCCCGCGUCUGCCGUUGCCGCCCGGGUCCUGGUCAGCUUGGGCUCUGCCGCCGCCCUGCUCCGCACCGCCCUGCCUGCGGCCCUUCCGGCCGCCCCUGCCCGUAGCCAAGAUGGCGGCCGGCGGCCUCGGAGCGGAGCGUCCUGCUAGGACACAUCGUCUUCCGCCCGGCAGCGGGGAGGAGGGACUGAGAGUGGUUGUGGGCAUUUGCUUUUCCCCUCAUUCCUUUGCACCAUGUUUUGCGGAAAGGGGGAAAGAGAUGAGACUGUGAGGAAGAGGACCCUCUAUUCUGCGUUCCCCAACACCAGCUGAGCAGGGCAGCUGGUAAGGCCAGUGCCUCGCACCCCGUGACGUGCCCAUUGCACUUGGUGGUGUGUGUUUGACUGGAAGGUGCCCAGCAGCAGCUGCUGCUCAAGCGUGGCCUGGAGGAAAAUCCAGUUUCGUCCUGAAAGAACGUUUGUCCUGGUUGCUCACUGAAAAUAAUGAGCAAGCUGGGAUUGGCAAACCAUGAAGGAAGAAGGAGAUCCUGAAGCAGUGACAGACUGUUUACUCACAGAGGACUGAUUCCAAGAGGACUGCUUCCGCGUCAGUGCUGUUCCUAGCUUUCUGUGAAUGCACUGACCUUGCUUGUCCCUCCAAGACAAGGCAGCUGCUCUCUUCCAGUAUCACAGCCAACAUCUCCACUCUGUUAAUUAGUGAGUCAGCAUUCUGCAAAGGUCAGAGGUGCAUCUUUGCUACAAGUUGACUCCACACAGAAGCACCUAAGGAGAGUGGGACCAUGGAAGGAAAAGAGAUAUCAUCAAAUUCUCACUCAGAUGAGAGCAGCAUAUUGGACCUGUCCUCUGUUUGUGACCUAGCAGAGUGCUUUCUGCCUCCACAUGGCUCUGAAAACAGCGAGGAACUUUUUUGUUCUGUGGAUACUUUUCCCUCUCCACCCACAGGAGAGAACAAUAUACCCGCUGCAGUUCCUACAAGCUUUUCUACUGGAGGCUCUGAGAAAGCAAACGUGAGAUGUUAUCCAAAAGCAGGGCUGUGCGAGCCCACUGAGCCUAGCGAUGCUGCUCUCUCAUGGAUGUAUGAACAUUGUAGUACAGAAGAUACUAGUGUCAGGAAGUCUCUUGAUGUCUUCUACAAAAUAUAUUGCAAAAAACAGCCAGACAGAAAGGAUCCCACCUACAAGGCUGCAUCACAAUGUCUAUUGCAGAAGAUUUCAGAGCUAGCAAACAGACGUGGAACAACCUAUGCAUUGCGUUGCCUGCAAAUGGCCCAGGUGGUCUUGAACAGAGAUGGGUGUAAGAUCUUUCCAAACCACCCCAUUAUUGCUUGUUUUGCAAAGCCAGCUGAGGGAGAAGUUGUUUUGGAAGACAGAAGGAGAACACCUGGACUCUCAGAUGAUGUUCUGCAACUCCUCUUGAAACAAACACAGACAGAACAUAGCCCUGACAUGCCACAUGAGAAGUGAGCAAGAUGCUGAUUUAUUGCUGUCAUUGGAGCUUGGCUUUCACUCCAAGAGUUGACUUUCUUGUAAAGACACUGUUCUUCUUAGCACCACCUUCAACACCACACAUUCCAUGGAGGGGAUCUUCUGGAGGAGACCUUGGCACCUUGGCCUCUGCAGAGCAGCACUGCAUAAGGAGCAUCUGUGGUCCCCAUGUAACUGCUUGAGAUGUGUUGAUUAAUCUGGAUGGGUGAUACAGCAUCUGUUGCUGGGACAUCAGAGAUAAUGAUUUCUAUUUACCAGGCUUUUAAAUUGACGUACAUUCCUACCCCAGCUGAACAAUGGCCCAGCCCACAUUCAGCCCCCGUGUGGGCAUGGAUGUCCAAGUACUGCUCACCAUAGCAGACUGAUUGAAGUAGCUUGGCAUGGUAGACCCCAGACCUCGGGAGGAAACUGAAGAUUUUGUUCUGUACCUGGCUGAUUCUGUAGCACCGAUGCUCCCACGGGGCGCCUGAAAGCUGUAUGCGUUUACCUACAGACGUAUGAUCCCACAGAUGAUGAUUGCAAUGCGAGUUAGCUUUUCCACAGCUUCUGAGCGGUUGUUUUUUUGUUUUGUUUUUUUUUUUAACAGAAAAGCUUUUUUGCUUUAUCGAUGUUUCUAACACUUCAAAUGCACCAGCUGAGCAGACUGGGGACUUUUUCAUAUCUAUAUGAGCUGGUUUAAGAGCAGCCUGAAAUAGAUGAAUGAGUAAGGGCUCUGCAGAGGUAUCCGUGGGGAAGCUGCAGAGUUAGUGCCAGCUGCCCUGGUAGCUGCCUGCUGUAAGAUGUGGAGUGUCUAGGAAAAGCAGAGAUGACAUCUCAGCUUGCCCACGACGCGGUCACCUGGUUGAUUCUGUAGGGGCAAUGCUGCUUCCUCCAGUUCUCUCCCUACCCAUUAGCCCUUGAUGAUUUCUGCUGCCAUGGAGUCUGAGCCCAGAGCUUUCACAGAGGGAAGGCCGAUGCUCGUUGCUUGAGUACACUCUUGUUAUCUUUGUUGGAACUGCACAAGACCUUGUGAUUACCUUCCUAGUGAGUUGAUGGAUGAGGGAAAAUGUUCUGCAAGAUGUUUAAACCAUGGAGGUGGUUGCACUCCAGUAGGGAUCAUCUGGUGUUGGUUGUUUACAGCAAAGGUUUGCCUCUUCUAAUAAGCUCUGCUGUUGCUUCUUAUACCCAGAACUUCCUUGCUCUGGUUUUAGUUGGCAGGAGCACCACUGGCUGCUGUGGGAACUGGCCCAAUACACUGGUUGCCCAGCUUGAGUUGUGAUGACUGUUGCUUGCCCUAUGACAUUAAGAGGUGACCUGAACGACUAAUUCCCAGCAGCUGGGUUUGGUCACUGCCACCUGGGGAAUUUAAAGUGCUUUGGGUGUGAUGAACUGUGCAGGCCUAAUUCUGCUUUGCGCUUAUGGAAACUGGGAGUGAAUUCCAAGGAAAACAGCUGCAUGGGGGAUGCAGGACUGGGUUCCCUCUGUCACAGCCUUGGUGGGAAGGGUACUGCUGUCACACAAGGCUGCAGUUCAGGCCCCUCUGCUCAGCAUAUGGGAGCCCUUUGAAAUGGUCACCAGGAGCAAGCAGAGCUUCCAAUCCCUCUCUGGACAGGUUGUCAGUCAUUAAAGCUGUGCUUUACUGACUACAGUUAUUCUUGCAAAUGUUCUGCUCUUGAAUGAUGUAUAAAACUCUAAAAGAGACACUUGCUGGGAAAAGGUAGUUACAUGGUUGUCUUUACCAGAGUUGCCAGGCCCUCUGUGUUGGUUUAGUUUUUGCUUUGUUUCACAGCUUGCUGGAGGGGGCUUGCAAGUAAACAAACCUUCUGGAAAAAUGCUGAUCUUUGUCUUCUCCAAACUUUUAUUGUUAAUUUUUCAUUAAAAUUUAGAAUAAAACUAAUUAUUUUAUGGCA